AUGAAGUGGAUACUAUUCUUUGGGGCCCUUAUUGGGCCCAGCAUCUGUGGUCGAGAAAAAUUUUUUGGGGACCAAGUUUUUAGGAUUAAUGUCAGAAAUGGAGACGAGAUCAGCAAACUGAAUCAGUUAGUAAAUUCGGACAACUUUAAGCUCAAUGUCUGGAAAUCUCCCUCCGCCUUCGGCGGGCCUGUGGACGUCUUGGUCCCGUCUGUCAGUCUACAGCCAGUCAGAUCUUUCCUGAUGUCUCAGGGCUUGGAGUACUCAGUGACGAUUGAAGACCUGCAGGCUCUUUUAGAUAAUGAGGUUGAAGAAAUGCAACACAAUGAAGGGCAAGAACGGAGCAGCAGUAACUUUAACUAUGGGGCUUACCAUUCUCUGGAAGCUAUUUACCAGGAGAUGGACAGCAUUGCCACAGAUUUUCCUGGUCUGGCAAGCAGAGUGAAGAUUGGACAUUCCUUUGAAAACCGGCCAAUGUAUGUGCUGAAGUUCAGCACAGGAGGCGGUGAGCAGCGGCCGGCUGUUUGGCUGAACGCAGGCAUCCACUCCCGAGAGUGGAUCUCGCAGGCCACCGGGAUCUGGACGGCGAGGAAGAUUGUAUCUGAUUACCAGAGGGAUCCAGCCAUCACCUCCAUCUUGGAGAAAAUGGAUAUUUUCUUGUUGCCUGUGGCCAAUCCUGAUGGAUAUGUGUACACGCACACUCAAAACCGAUUUUGGAGGAAGACACGGUCCCUAAGUCCUGGAAGCCCCUGCAUUGGCGUUGAUCCAAAUAGAAACUGGAACGCUAGUUUUGCAGGAAAGGGAGCCAGUGAUAACCCUUGCUCCGAAGUGUACCAUGGACCCCAUGCCAAUUCAGAAGUGGAGGUGAAAUCAGUGGUAGAUUUCAUUCAAAACCACGGGAAUUUCAAAUGUUUCAUCGACCUGCAUAGCUACUCACAGCUACUGAUGUAUCCUUAUGGGUACACAAUUAGAAAGGCCCCCGAUGGCGACGAGCUGGACGAGGUGGCGAGGCGUGCGGCCAGAGCUCUGGCUUCCCUGUCGGGCACUGAGUACCAAGUGGGCCCUACCUGCACCACUAUCUAUCCAGCUAGUGGGAGCAGCGUCGACUGGGCGUACGAUCAUGGCAUCAAGUAUGCAUUCACGUUUGAGUUGAGAGAUACUGGACACUAUGGCUUCCUCCUGCCAGCCAAUCAGAUCAUUCCCACUGCGGAGGAGACCUGGUUGGGGCUGAAGACAAUCAUAGAGCAUGUGCGGGACAACCUCUACUAG